CCAGUUUCUCGUAGCUGCUCGUGCGGCGGUAGCCUGCGGCGGCAUUCGAGCCUGCCGUGUAUCUCGCCCCUUCAGUAUGAAGCCGACGACCGUGCCAGCUGCAGCGGCUGCACCUGCCGCAGCAACGUCACCGACGACGCGCGACCACCGUGCAUCCCGCCGCGCCUGCGACGCGCGUCGCCGUUCCUCCUGAUCGUCAGAGUCGCGUGCGUCUCGAAAUUCAGUCCUCGUCUCGCCGCGGGGAUCCUCGCGGGAUCCUCGUCGCGGAAACAAAAGCGGAUCGAUUACCGGCCCUUCGACCCGGAAGGGGAACACCGCGAUAUUCGCCUGCUCUCUCCCUUUGGCGACGAAGAGCGUCGAAAUUCGUUGAAGCGCGUGCCUAUACACGUGUCCCGCCUACGGUGGACAGAGAUAAUUGCGUGUGUAAUAGUCGGCGGCACGCCGGCGAAUCGUCGCAUGUGAAAAAGAGAAAAACUGUGUGCUAAAUACGCGAAGGAGGCGACAACGGCCUGGACUAAAAGUGAAAACCCGUUUCUUCGUCCCCGUUCCUCAUCACGUAUCGGAGCCACGUUCGGUGAUAACCUUGGUAAUUAGGCGGGAGCAAGCGGACUACUCGGAUAGACCGACAAUCAUCGCCGGGGCAAGACUUUGUGAUGCCACCGCCGUAUUAUCGACGUUAGCGGCGAGUGCUCGCAAUGGCCUCGAUCUUAGGAGAAGGAACGGGCCCGGGAGGCCCCGGGCCCUCCCGAUGCCUCCUGCUGCUGCAGAGGUCCCUGGCGAUUCAGUUGACCAGAGGCCCGCCUCCUCACGUCGCAAACGCCGGCCAACGGGAAAGUUCAAAGGAACAUCCGGCCGAUGAAAUGUGGAUGUACGAUAAGGGCUACAAUCUGUUUCAAAGCUUCUUGGAAGCGAAUUCCAAAUGCUGGUGGAAUGCGGCUCUGGUGGACGCGACUCGGCAGCUCAGGUACAAAGGCCACGUGUCGCCGGGCGUGCUGAUGGUUAGCGGACCGCCCUGCGCCCUCGAGGUUUUGAGGGCGGCAUGGGCGCGAAACGUUCUACGACCACCAGCGGACCACUCGAUCACCUGCCUCGGUGAUAUAGAGGAUUGUCUGGUGGCUCCAGUUUCCCAAGGCCAGUUCACGCCGCUGCCAGAAGCCUUGUGCUGGGCGAUUCUGGAGCUGACUUCCCAGAGGCAGGCGGCGACCUUGGACACUUUGAGAUCAGCCCUGAGGAAUGCCUUCCCGGCGAUGCAGAGACCCAGCCGGGAGCUCGUUUACGACGCGCUGGCGAAGCUCAUGCAGGAGCGUAAGAUCUAUCACACGUCUCAGGGGUAUUUCGUUGUAACGCCUGAGACCAAGAGGCUCAGACGCGACUCCGGUAGCUCCAGGCGGUGUUCCAGGGACGUGAACGGGUCCAGGGGUCAGGGUAGCAUGCUGAUGAGCAACGACGAAGCGGUGGCACUUGUGCACGGCGAGAUGCUCACGCUGCGAGACGGUGAUGUCACGCAUCAGGCUGUACAGACAAACCUGGCGGACGUUAUUUGCGGAGGGAAUCCGAACGACAAGGUCCUGUUCGCGAGGUGCCGGUCGAUGCCCAGCCGUCUCGAGAGGCGACACUCUCUACGGCUUUGGGGCUCGGCCAGGCGUUUGCACAGAAGCGGCAGUUCACGGUCUCUGCCGCGAAGACCCGAAAGAAGCGACACGUCUUCCAGCGCGGAAUACGCCAGCACGGACAGCGCACCUCACAGCCCAACUAGCUUUUCUGGGAUUUUUUCAGAGAAGAUAGGCCUGCUGUCUAGGCUCUUUCGGCGGAGCACGCGGAGGAAGGGCGCACCGUUAAUGGGCACUUUCAGUGCUCAGUAUCCCCCCACCGAGUGGUUUAAUCCGCGCGUUGUGCAUUUGCAUAGCGUUGCCACGCAGACGAGGGCCGCCAGCCCUUCGAUGAUGGAGGGUCUGGACCAGUCGCAGGCCAGUUUCCAAGUGUGGGACGACUCGAGCUCGGUGCGAUCAGCCACUCUACCGAGACGACACCGGCGUCAGGCUAGCGGUGAUUCCUCGAGCUUGUUGGCCAACUCGACGCCAAGAAGCUCCCGAAGGCAUCGGUCACCAUGCUCCACCCUGCCGCGAUCCAAGUGUUCCAGCUUGAGCAGAUGCACAUCCAGAGCGUCCGUGUUACCGCCAGGUACCGCCAAUCAGGAUGCCUAUCAAGCGCGCAAUCAGACACAGAACGACAAGAACUCGACCAACUCCUCGCCGAGCAGAAGCGGCGGCAGCUCGGGUUCGGUCAGAACGAUGAACGCGAGUCCGGCCAAGACGAGUACAUUGAGCAGGCCCAACACCAGACAAUCUAAUUCUAGAAGGCCGAGUCACGAUUUCAGCAACAGCGGUACCAAGUCGGCCAACAACUCUCCCCAACAUAAGGUACUACAAAAAACUUCAUCGGGUCAUUCGUCUCACUCCAGCGGCAAAUCGGUGUCCAGCACGAAGCUGACUUGUUCACCGUUGAAGACAUCCACGCUACCCACGAAAUCGUCACCGCUCAAAAUCGUUCAGCAAGGUUCGCUGACUCCUCUGCAAGAGGCGCAGAACUCGAUAACCCUUCAAGUAUCUACCAAUCUGAGCCCGUCGUCGCAAGAGCAACGAACGAUACAGAAUAGCGUGACGCUGGCCUCCAACACGACCAGCACGACGACCAUUUCCGGCUCGCCCGGCACGAAGAUCUAUGUUCACCAGAACAACUCGCCAAUGAGGUCCGUGAUCACUUUCGAGAACGGCACGGUGAAGACGAAGAUUGCCGAGAAGGAAGUUAUCGAUUGCAAGGAGAAGCAAGAGAGAGAGUUAGUAGCCGAGAAGGCCUACAAGACUCGCGUGGACGAUGAGAAGCUCUUCAAGUCGAAGCUAGACGAGGAGAAGCUGAACAAACCGGUCAAAGUCGAGCGUCCAUCGUCGCUCUACACACCGAAGGAACCAAAAACGAGUCUUCUACUAUCGGAAUCCGACAAAGAGAACAAGCCGAAAGUCGAGGAGGAAGUGCCUAACAAGCUAAAGUUAACAAACCGCCUUAAUAACAGUCAAGCGCAUCUAAUCGAUGGUUCCACCAACAACGUCGACAAGAACGCCUUGGCGCACGAGGCCGCCGCGUUGUCCACCACGAAGAACACCAACGACGCGAUGAACAACUCGCGCAAGCUCAGUUUAUCGCUAUCGAAGGACGCGUUGAGUUACCGUAACCUGCUGCAUCCCGGCUCGAAGAACAAUAUCGCCUCAAAUCCGCCGUCGCCCACCAAGUCGUACGACGGUUUCGGCGGCUCCUUCAACGACGUCUACAUCGAGAACCUGGAGACGGUGAAGCAACAGCGAGCACCUCAGGGUUCUGAGCCCAACUUGGACAAAACUGUGAGUCGAGGAUCGGAUUUGCAUUCUUAUCCCAGUCUCAGUGACAUGCAGGUACAAUUCACCAGCCUGGCAGCGCAGAAGAUUCUCAAGGGCUGCCCGAUCAACAGCGUGGAUACUCUAGUGGAGGUGAACAUGGCCGCCGCCGAUAAGCCUAACAACUGCGACGUUACGGUUCACACGGACUUCGGCCUCGUUUGAAUUUUAUCCUCGUAAACAUUCCGUCGAUUAUUAUCCCAUCCGGGCAUAUUACGUCCAUGAAAAACAACGUGCCUCGAGUCAAACAAUAUUGAAACGCCGCUAACGCCUUGCUUUUCGUACGUCAGAAUAGGGAGUUGUUUCCUUUUUUAAUAGAAAAGCCACGGCUUGCGUAAGAAUGUUAAUACACGGAACACGCGUAACAGUUACCAGUGAUCUGUCGCUUACUUACAUUCCUCCCCUUUUCACAUCCGUGUUUCCGAACAAUCGCUGUACCUCUUUUUUUUUUUUUAAUAUUAUUACGGCGAUUAUGUCAAAUAGAUAAGAAAAAGUAGCAUCUAGAAAAAUACGAUCAAACUUUUAACUUUGCUUGCCUUACGAAGUAGACCUUGUCUUCUAAAAAUGUUGUUCCUAAAGAUAAGAUGUGCAUGUGUAUCGAAUUUAUACAUAUAUUGAAACUCAAUAUAAAUUAUUGCGUGAACUAAACAACACGAAACAAAACCUAUGAAAUGUACGUCAUUUUAUUUUCGCGCUUUGUACUUGAAAAUUUUUAAUUUAAAACGGAAAUAUUUUUUCCGAUUUAUUGUUAAAACAAACAGUUAUCACUGCCCCAUUUUUUUAAUCACAAGAUACUGCAAAGAUAAUGCGAGAUCGUCUUUUGAUAAUUUAAAUAUACAUACAGAUGCAUUUACUCGUUUCAAGUUCCAAACAUAUUUAAGGAUUCAAAAGACGCGUAUGUCACAACGUUGUAACACCAGCGGUUUUGCGUCGCUUUGCUCGAGCUAAAGCGAUUUGUCAAAACAACAUUUCAUGUACAACACUCACGUGACCCGCAAGUGAAAAGAGAGAAACAAAACGUGAAAAUUUUAUCGAAUUAAAACACUGCCAUUUUACGUAUUUACGACAAAAAUAAUUUUCAAUAAAAUCAAGUGGUACAGCAAAGUUUUGUAGCGAGAGAUAUAUAGAUAGGGAUUCUUAUAAAAUAAUAAUUCCUCGAACAAUAAUAUUGUACUAAAGCGAGGAACAAUAUCUUUUUCAUCAGGCGCAUUAUUAUAAGCGCACAAGCAACUAAUAAUAUACAUAAAUUAAACGUAAUACCGUCCUCAGAAAAUCCGUAGUAAAGAAAAGACCGAGGAUGAUCACGAGACUUGUAAUUCUCGCUGCAUUGCACAGUAGAGAUUUGAUAUCAAAUAUACAUAUAUUGUAAACAUAGUGUAGAAGAAGGGCGUUUGCUUGAAACGCAGCCGGUACCAUUCGCAAUUAGUGCAAUCGUAAAUCUAUAAGUGCCAAAACGUAUCGUAGUACUUAACGACAACCGCCUUAACAAAUCCAUUCGCACGACCAUUUCGCGGCACUCGCCGACGAGGAGGGCGGCAAUGACAAUUUCGCAAAUACAAACAAACCGCGAGAAAAAAAAAGAAAGUAAUGCUAGGCAUUAAUUGUGAAGCCGUAGUCUUAAAAAAAUAGUAGACAAUUAGGCAAGUACGGCAGAGAAAA